GUAAAACUUGUAAGACAUGAUUUUGAACACCAAGCAAGAUCCGAAAAGGCAUCACUAAAAUAUUAAUUUCCUGUAGAUGAUUUUACUGCAUGAUAAGCUACCUGGUUCCCAGGAGAUUUGAAAAUCAGAUCUCCCAUUUCUCUGCCAAACUACAGAUGUGAGAGCAUGGCUUCACUGGGUAUAUCUUCCCUUAAGCCCUGGUUGCUAAGGUCUGUUUGUGGAAGAGUGCCACCUUUGUGGAAGGAACUACUGGGGCCAUGGGAAGUUUUACCCUGAGCACAAAGUAGGAUUUAGCUCAGCCAGUGUUGACUGAGAACUGCAUAAUGAAGCUCUUUUAGGAUUUAUUCAAAACUUUAUUGCUUUCUAAGAGGAAUUUGCAUCAUUGUUGCUUCUUUCAUGAGAAAUAAUAUAGACUGCUUAUGCUUUCAUGGUACUACAGGAGAUGCUUCAGGAAAUACUGGUGUCUAGCAUAAAUUUUUUUGGAAAAUGCAGCCUCCAGAUGUCAUGGCAGUUAUUGACAUUAAACUGUUCUUGUGUAGAUAAAAACAUGCAUAAUAUAAUAUCAGGAUUUUUCUUACUUUUUAGAAACCACUACUGUUAUUCAUAGCACCUAUAAAGUGUUGCCUAGUAGUCCCAGUUCACUAUAUUGCCCUUGUGGGAAAGUAAUGCUAUUUUUGGCUUUGUGGUUGGGGAAGACUGAGCAAAAAGCUGUUGUAUAAACUAAUGUACCAAAUGAAAGAUCAGCUGGGAAGUCUUGUCUAUCAAUCUGAAAUCAUCUUGGCUGCUGCCAGUUGAUAUCUCUCUUAGCAUUUUCCACAGGGAAAAUGCUAAAUAAGAACCGAGUGCUGAAAUACAUGCCCAGCCUAAUUUGUAAGGCUGUUCCUACAGACUUCCUAUCACAUUACAAUAUGUCCGUCAGAGUUCUCUCUAAAAUCACAACAAAAAUGCCCAAACAAGUCCUUCUCUUUGGUGAUUUCAUGGCUUCUGUUUCUUCCUCAGAGAAGACCAAGUCUGAAGUUUCUCUGACAUCGUCUGAAAUUGUAGGCAUGAUCAAUUUGUUUAAGAAACCUUACAAGAAAAAGGCAGGCAAGUUCCAGCCUUUCAAGAAGCUCUUCGGCAAGAGGAAGAAGAGAGAGCCCGUCUCGGAGUGCGAGGAGCCCAAGCUGAAGCCCAGCCACUCCUUCGGUAGCAUCUGCAACGGCGCCUUCUCCUUGGAUGGCGAGCCGGGCGGCGGGCUGAGAUCCUCCCAUUAUUCUAUGGGCAGUCGAGCUUUUUCCCAUGACAGUAUUUUCAUACCUGAUGGGAGAACAGAGAGUGAACAGGCCAUUCAAGCAAUGUCACAGGAGAACGUUUUAGGAAAAGUCAAAAUUCUUCAGCAACAGUUGGCCAAAAAUAUAAAAUUUGGGCAGCCCCCACAAAUGACAAUUUCUGCAAGGACGAUGGGGGAAGCAAAUGCCAGUACAGAAGAUGAUGCACUGCUCAGCAGCCCCAUGGAGACUGAGGCCCAGCAGGACACUGUGAUCUCAGACUGCAGUAACAAAUCCGCUGACACUCCAGAUUUCUUGAGAAAAAUGAAUUUUCUUGGAACAGGAUAUGAAAUGGAAGAAAAGCUCACUCCAAUGAAGUCAGCUCGGCCAAAAAGGCAGUUUUCCUGUUCUGGCACAAUUGAAACAAUCAAUUUGGAUUCAGUUCCUCAGGCUCUUGCUCGUCUGGACAACAGUGCAGCUAAGCACAAACUGUCAGUGAAGCCAAAAAAGCAGAGGAUGUCAAGACAGCACAAGAGAUUGACAAAGGGAUCACAAAGUUUAACAAUAACAGAAUUUGAGCCAGAGGACCUAGAAACUCAGCUGUAUGAGGACAUAUACCCAGGUUAUAAUGGACGCUUCACAGCAGACAAGCUAAUCCAGGACAGAGAUGAGCAGAAGCAGCUUCAGCUGGCAGAGGAAAAAAGAAUUGAAGAUCACUUGGGUAUCAUUGAAGCUGAAAGGAUAAGACAGAUUGUAGAAAUGGAAGAACAAAGAGAAAUGGAAGAAAAAAGGUGCCAAGAACUUGAGGAGAUGCGAAAAGAACAGGAAAAAAGACGCUGUGAAGAAGAGAGGAGGCAAUACCUCCUUGAAGAAGAGACAUUGAAAAUAGAAGAGCAAACAUGCCAUAAAGAAGAAAGAAGACUGAUGAAGGCUGAAAAAAGGCAAGAGCUGGAGAAUCAGAUGCAGAAGGAGUUGGAGGAACAACAAAGACAAAACCUUGAGGAGAAGAGGCACUGGGAAGUGGAGGAACAACAGAGACAAGAACUGGAGGAGCAGAAGCUCAAGGAACAGGUGGAACAAGGACAAGAGCUGGAGGUGCAGAAGCUCAAGGAACAGCAGGAACAACAGAGACGAGAGUUGGAGAAGCAGAAGCUCAAGGAACAAGAAGAGCAACAGAGGCAAGAGCUGGAGGUGCAGAAACUCAAGGAACAGGAGGAACAACAGAGACGAGAGUUGGAGGAGCUGGAGCUCAAGGAACAGGAGGAGCAACAGAGACAAGAGCUGGAAGUACAAAAGGUCAAGGAACAGCAAGAGCAUCAGAGACGAGAGCUGGACAGGCAGCAACACCAGCAAAGGGAGGAACAGCAGAGACUAAAGCAGGAGGAAGAGAAGAACCAGGAACAGAGAGAGCAACAGAGACGAGAGCUGGAGGAGCAGAAGCACCAGGAACAGGAAGAGCAGAGAUGUCAGGAACUGGAGGAGCAGAAGCAUCAGGAAUGGGAAGAGCAGAAGCACAAGGAUCUGGAGGAGAAACACAGACAAGAGCUGGAGGAGCAGAAGAGACUAGCACCGAAAGAAUUAAAGCAACAUGAGACUGAAAAAGAGAGUCAAAAGGAAGAAGAAAGAAACUGGCUGGAGGAACAAACAGAGCUCAAGAAAGAAAAUAAGGAAGAAAUACAGCAACAAGAACUAGAAGAGAAAGAGCUUGAAGAAGCUGAAAUAAAACUAAAGCAGGAGAAAGAGCCUCAGAGCCUCAAACAAGAGAAGAAACAGGAGGAACAAAGACAGCAUUUGAAGGAGAAAGAAAAGACAGAGAAGGAACAACCCCAGCAAGUGACAGACAAGAAAAAGAAACGGGAAGAGCAGAGGAAACACAAACUCACAAAACAAAUGCACAUGGAAAGUUCAGACUGUGUACUACAAGAUGAACUGAAGCAGCAAAAGGAACAAAAUGGGCAUGAGCAGAAGGUAGACACAGAAGGACAAAAUCUUCAGCCAAAACAAGAAAAAUCCUUGGAACAGCCACAGGAAAAAGAUCAGUUGUGUUCUGCUGGAGGGGCUGCUCGGCAUCCAGCAGAGGAGAAGAUCCAAGAAGGAUCAAGUUUCCAAAAAGUCAAACAGCCAGAAAAAGGAACUAAAACAGCAGAAGAAAUACUAGCCCAGAAACUGAAAAAAGAAGUUGAGGCUCAGGAGCAAAAACGCAUAGGGGAAGAACUUCGGUGGCAAGAGGUAGAUGAAAGACAAAUGGCAUCCAGACCCUUCACAUUUCAAGUGUCUUCUGGAGAUAAACAGAUCAUAUUUCAGAAAGUAAAUCUGAGUCCUGUUAUGCCCAUCAAAGGAGCAGGACUUUCUUCUCCAUCUGUCAAAGACUGCAGGGUGCACACUACCAGUAAGGGCUCUCAUUCCCUCCCAUCAUCUGUGUGUGUACCCCACACAGCUAUUUUGGUUACUGGAGCACAGCUGUGUGGCACAGCAGUGAACUUGAACCAGAUUAAGGACACGGCUUGCAAAUCAUUACUUGGCUUAACAGAAGAGAGGAAAACUGUGGAUAUUCCCUCUCCAGAGAAGUCCGAGAGAAAAAAACAGGAUCCCAAACCCAGCAGCAGUAAAAUGAAACACGCACAAGAGGCAUUGAACAACCAGGCUGUACUGGCUGAGUGGGCCUCUAUCCGCUCCAGGAUCCUAAAGAAUGCAGAAAACAAUAAAUAUAAUGAGAGAGACCGAGGAACUGCCUGCAGGCACAGUGAUGACUGGACACCCCGAGGGGGACGCGGUGCUCCCCAUGGCAACUUGAGGAAAACCCUCUCUGCCAAUGCAAAGUUCUCAAUAACACCAGCAUGGCAGAAAUUUUCAGAUGCUUCAAAAACCAAUUCAGAUACUGAGAGUGUAAAUGUGGCAAAAGGCAAUGAAACAGUGGCUGUGGGGAGAACCACUGGCUCAUCUGCUGAUUCGAAGGAGGAUGUGGUUUCCACUUUUAAGGAUCACUUAGCUGAAAAGCUUAAAGAGAAAAUGGAAACUCAUAGGGAAGUGACAGACAACACUGAAGGCUGUAAAUUUGCAAAAGAUCUUCCAUCAUUUCUUGUUCCAAGUUUUCCACAUUCUAUGGGGAAGGAAUUACCCCAGCCAGAACUUCCCAAUGCUCUGGAAAAUCAGCAGAGUAACAGCACAAAAAAAGCAGAUAGACCAUCACCAAAUGGAGAAGAAAAUGUUUCUCCUUUUGGGAUAAAGUUACGAAGGACAAACUACUCUUUACGUUUUCAUUAUGAUCAACAGGUAGAGCAAAAGAAAAAGAAAAGAUACAGUGCAGGAGAUAGUUUUGAUGGUGUGCCUGACCCACUUACCUCAACAGAAGGAGAGAAAGAAUCCUCUGUUUUCACUUCACAAGAAAGUACCUCUCCUGGCACUGGGAGAGCAAACAUCCCUGGUAAUUUAAAAGAGUCUUCAGUUACUGUGGUGGAGUUUUCAGCACCUGUGGGCACACCAGCCACCAGCCAGAGCGCUCUACCUGCUCAUGAGAAACCUGCAUGCAAGUCCCUGGUCCCACAGAAACCUGCUUUAGCUCCAAAGCCCACCAGCCAGACCCCACCAUCAUCUCCUCUCUCCAAAAUGAACAGAUCAAACCUAUCUGAAAUGCUGGGGCAAAGGGUGGCUAAAGCUGAAUCAGAAGGUGGCUGGAGAAAGGAAGACAGAGCAAAUGCAGCCCAACCCAUACCAUCCAAUGACUACAAAAAUGAAGAGGAAGAAGUCAAAGAAAAGAAGUCAUUUUUCCCAUCUCUAAGUAUUCCAUGGAGAGAAAAAAAUGACAAAAAGCCUGAGCCAUUGAAGAAAGAAAAGCCUGUUCUUCAGAGCAGGCACUCUGUAGAUGGCUCUAAAUUGUUGGAAAAAGUGGAAACUUCACAACCACUUUGGAUUACAUUAGCGCUGCAAAAGCAAAAGGGAUUUCGUGAGCAGCAAGCUACAAGGGAAGAGAGAAGACAAGCCAGAGAGGCAAAACAAGCAGAGAAACUGGCUAAAGAAAAUGCUGCUGUAAGUAAUCAGUCAGAUAAUAAAAGUAGCAGCAGCAAAACAAGCACACUGCAGAAAUCUACAACUCAAGAAGGAGAGAAGAAAAUUGAGACUGCUGUGUCAAGACUAGAAAGAAGGGAGCAUCUAAAAAAGUCGAAUACCCUUCCAACUUCUGUGACAGUGGAAAUUUCAGAUUCUGUUCCAUCAACCCCAGUGACAAAGGAGGUGGCCAAGAGAUUCUCUACGCCUGAUGCUAACCCAGCGUCAACAGAGCCAGCCUGGCUUGCGUUAGCCAAGAGGAAAGCAAAAGCCUGGAGUGACUGUCCACAGAUCAUAAAGUAAACUGUAAAGUUACAUCUCUAUUGCUGACUAUUAAUUGCUUUCUUUUAUUUAUUCUGCUUUUUACAUGACAAAACUGAAAAUGCAUGUAUUGGAAGGACUGAAAACUGAACUGAUUACCAUUUUGCUCUAGCUCACUGUAAAGUCUACUCAAGUCAUAUAUUCCAUUGCUUUGACAAAUAGCUAAAGGAGGUCAUGGCAAAAAUCACACAGCCAGACUCUCUCAAAAACUUAGAGAGGGCUCAGAUACUGGAUGUAAAUUUUAGCAGGUAUCAUAAUAAGGGCCAGAACAGAAUAAGAGUUCAGAUGCUUCUUAAAUUAUGUUGGUAUUCAGUUCUGCAAUUUUAGAUCUCUAUGUCUGAGAUCUCAGAAAUUUUUUCAGAACUUCAUUGUUGAAAUUAAGGAAAGAUGCAUGUUUCCUUCUCUUAAGUCAUA